AACACAGAAGCCAAACAGAGACAGUUGGUAUUUUGUAUCAGUGUUUGAUUCUUGAUAACGUACGUGUUAUAUAGAGUAACAGCUGAUAUACAUAUACAGUACAUAUAAAUUAAUUUGAUUACUAAAUACAAACAAUAUCAAUCAAUAAUUGCCUAAAUUGUUUGACAAAUAUGUGUGUUAGACGGAGUGCACUGUAAUAUUUCUAAAGUCUUCGAUUGUAUAGGUUAUGAAUGUCUAACUCAGAAAAUACGAAAAUAAACGUCCCUGUGGAAUAUAUUCGAUGAAGAUACGUCUUAUGAUAAUAAAAACGAGGCAUAUAAGAUAUUUUAAGGCCGAAAACUAUGACUAGGCAACUGACACAACGAGUGAUCAUGAAUCUUGUACUAAAACCUCAACUUUAUCCGCCAGUCUUGAAGCCGGCUUUGCCGUAUGUAAAUGAAGGAUAUUCGCCCUUCAAGCUCGUCACGCAAAGCAGAAUGUUAUGCAAGCAUGUGGACGUAGUAGAUCAUACCUGUAAAGUAACGAAUUAUGACGACUACCUCAUGAACUACAAGCCUAUUAAACGGAUCUUGAGGAACACUCUUAUGGAAAUACUGGAUAUAACGUUAAUUGAAGUUAACAAGAUUUUCGAGGACUAUCCACAGCUGAAAAAGAGAUCUAGGGCGAAUAUCCUUAAUAAUUAUUACAAUCUGCUAGAGGCUGACAUUCAAAAAAGUACUAUCUUAAACAACCCCUGGUUACUGACGCAUGAAAACAAUAAGCUGAUGGAUAAACUUGACUGUAUUAAAAUACUUAAUAUGGAUAACAAUCAGCUUGUACCGUGGCUACUCUUGACCCAGAAAGAAUUAGAAAAUUAUGUAUUUCACGUUCAGCAAGACAUGAAUUCUUAUACAUAUAACAAAUUGGAGUAUCUUUCUCACAAAUUAGAGUGCAAUGUACAAAAAUUAUGUGAAGUGACACUGAAUAAUCCAUUCUUAUUAAAGAUUCCAGUUUCCUCUAUAGAAAAGAAAUUGAACAUAUUGUAUGAAUAUAAUGUAAGUAAGAAGGAUGUACUAAAAGAUGUAUGGGUACUUCGAUACAGCGAAAAUCAUAUUCGUCACAGAUGCGAAUUAUAUAAAAAUACAGGAAAGUUAAAUACAAAAACAUGGGCUAUACGAUGUCCGCUUAAAGUUAUAUCAAGAGCCAUUGAAAAAAGUAACGUGGAACGCAAUUUAAUGCAACAGUAUGAAAAUGUUAGCGAAUAUUUGCAAAAUAAACUGAAAGUGAGCGAAGAAAUGCUCAAUUUGGUGACCCAGAAACUACCAAGUAUUUUACGGGUAAACAUAGCGAAAUUGGAUCAAUUAAUCGAUAUACUACACCAGAAUGGAAUUACCAGUGAUGAAAUAUUACGGCACCCACGAAUUUUUUAUUUUAAUGUAGAUACUGUACAGAAUCGAAUUAGGAUUUUAAAAAAGGAAGGUCUCACUCCAAAUCUUGGUAUGCUAAAACAAGCUGAGCAAAUUUUUGAUCGGCAAUUAGACAUAAUUAUCGCACGGCGAAAUCUGGUGGAAAAAUAUGGCAGUAUUAAAAAUUACUUACUUGACCAAUUAAAUGUAGAUGAAAAGAUCCUUGAUGCUGCAAUUGCAAAAUAUCCGUCUAUCUUGCGAAUAAAUGUAAAAAAAUUGAAGAAGUUGAUCAAUCUAUUACGACAAAAUGGUAUAACGAGUAAUGACAUAGUAAGUCAUCCGAAAAUUUUUCAUUUUAAAGUCGAAACACUACGUGAACGAAUUGAAAGAUUAAAAAAAGAUGAUAUACCACUAACAAUCAAUUUAAUAAUGUGUAAUCGAAGAACCUUGGAACGACAUGUAAAACUCAAAUCGCACAAUUCAAAAAAUACAUGAAGAUAAUAUUUAUUAAAUUUCUUUAAUAUACUU